AUGCUGGGUGAAGUUGGGAUUGAGAAUAAGGUGGGAUUGUGGGCUUGUGAUAAGGAGCAGGGGAAGCUGGAUAAGAGUUUUUUAGCUCAGUUUUUCGAGAUUUUGAGUUCUGGGUUUGACACAAAAAUGCAGCAGGAUCAUUUGAAGAAGAAUCAAACUGAGAUGGACUUCUUCUCUGAUUAUGGUGAUGCCAAUCGAUACAAAAUUCAGGAAGUUAUUGGAAAAGGAAGCUAUGGUGUUAUAAAGCUUCUCAGACUUCUACGACAUCCCGACAUUGUUGAAAUUAAACACAUUAUGCUACCGCCUUCUAGAAGAGACUUUAAAGAUAUCUAUGUUGUUUUUGAGCUCAUGGAGUCAGAUCUUCAUCAAGUUAUCAAAGCAAAUGAUGACCUGACACGAGAGCACUAUCAGUUCUUUCUUUACCAGCUGCUUCGUGCAUUGAAGUAUAUUCACACCGCAAAUGUCUACCAUCGAGAUUUAAAACCGAAGAACAUAUUGGCAAAUGCAAAUUGUAAACUAAAAAUCUGUGAUUUUGGGUUAGCAAGAGUUGCAUUCAAUGAUACACCCACGACAAUAUUUUGGACGGACUAUGUUGCAACUAGAUGGUAUAGAGCUCCAGAACUUUGCGGAUCCUUUUUCUCUAAGUAUACACCUGCAAUUGAUAUAUGGAGUAUAGGCUGCAUCUUCGCUGAGGUAUUAACAGGGAAGCCACUUUUUCCUGGAAAGAAUGUUGUUCACCAGCUGGAUUUGAUGACUGAUUUGCUUGGGACACCAUCAUUAGAUACCAUAUCUCGGGUUCGAAAUGAAAAGGCAAGGAGAUACUUAACUAGUAUGAGGAAAAAGCAACCUGUGUCAUUAGCACAAAAAUUUCCGAAUGCUGAUCCUUUAGCACUACGACUCUUGGAAAGAUUGCUUGCCUUCGAUCCAAAGGACCGACCAACGGCCGAAGAGGCACUUGCUGAUCCUUACUUUAAAGGAUUGUCAAGAAUUGAGAGAGAACCUUCGUGCCAGCCAAUUACAAAGAUGGAGUUUGAAUUUGAAAGGCGAAGGGUCACAAAGGAGGACAUACGGGAGCUAAUUUUUCGGGAGAUAUUGGAGUACCAUCCUCAAUUGCUAAAAGACUACAUAAACGGAACCGAGAGAACUAAUUUUCUCUAUCCGAGUGCUGUUGAUCAAUUCAGAAAGCAGUUUGCACAUCUGGAGGAAAAUGGUGGUAAAAGUGGUCCAGUGAUUCCACUUGAACGAAAGCAUGUGUCUCUUCCGAGGUCCACGAUUGUACAUUCAAAUACGGUCCCUCCCAAAGAGCAACAAAAUUAUGCAUUCUUGAAAGAUCAGAAAAAUGCUGAAGAGGCAUACAAGAAUUCAAGGGACAAUGAAGGAAUUCAUGUAAAUCUAUCAAGAACCAUGCAAACACCACAAAGAAUUUCUUUGGCCAAACCAGGAAGAGUUGUUGGACCUGUUGCACAGUAUGAGAAUGGAAACAUGAUGAAAGAUACCUAUGAUCGAAGGACACUAGUUAGAAGUUCAGUACUUCCUCCUCAGGCUGGCCCUCCUGCUUAUUGUUAUCGCAAACCCGGUGCUGGAAAUCAAGAAAGGUCUGUAGUGGAAGUCGAGAGGGACAUGUCUUCACAAGCCAAGCAAGCUGCACAGUGUGGCAUGGCAGCGAAUGUAGCACCGGAUGUAGCUAUCAGCAUCGACUCCAACCCAUUUUUUAUGACUCGGGUGGGAGUCAGUAAGGUGGAACAUGAUGACAGAAUUGCUGUUGACACAAACUACUUGCAGACAAAGGCUCCAUAUGGUGGGAUUGGCGCUGCGGCUGCCACUGCAGCAGCCCACCGCAAGGUUGGAACUGUUCAGUUUGGCAUGCAAAGGAUGUAUUAG